AUGUGUAGUCGUGGGCCUCUUCCUGGUUCGGGUUAUACCUACGACGAUGACGAUACAGCAGAUGAAGGCGGUCUUAGUCCUCCACCGUCCAGCUCAGUUUCUAGUGUCAACCCCGAUGAGCUUGGUGAUGAGAUUGUGGUCGGGACCGGCAAUCAAAUCUCAGCAACGAAUGGUGACAAGUCAUCUCCUCUACGAGUGACCUCAGACAAAGAGGAUGUCGACAUGGCUGAUGCUCAUGAUGGCACGCCUGCUUCUCAUUACCCCAAACGCAAACGCGCUUCGGUGUACGAAAAUCUUGGCGAAGACAAGCUUGAGGGAGGCUUGCUUGUAGGUGCCGAUGAUCCCAGCAUGGGCAACCGUGUCUCUAAGCAGGCCAAGUCCGCCCCUACGUCGAUGAAGGGUGUUUUACUUGGGUAUUGGCGGGACUCUCCUGUGCCGAAUGACGCGAAGAAACAUGCUGUUAUUGGAUUCCCUGAUGUUCGCGAUCGUCUUCGAACCCGCAUUCAACCUCAAACACGUAGCGGUGAGACUAUUAAUGCCCGCUUGUUUCCAAUACCACCCGGACCCGGAGGUAGCUGGACCACUUUUGAUCGAACUGUCUUUGAUGAUCACUUGGUUGGCCUUGACCAUAACGAGAUCAAGGAGUAUAUCAGAAUACGCUUAGAGACUGGAAUCAACGAGGAAACUGAAGAAGAGAGGCUCAAGGCCGAGCUUGCCGCUAUAGAGGAAGCCAAGCGUCGUCUAAAGGCUAAUCCACCACCUGAGACACCGCAACCUCCUGCAGUGGCAUAUGGCAAGUUCCUCCCGGAAAACCCCCAGCAUGGGCAUCGGGGUGACACUAAGCGUCGUCGCACUGGUAGUACCACAGCGUCUUUCAAUGUAGUUACUUCAACCCCUACACCUGCCCCUGCCGCUGCUCCUACUCCUGCCCCGGUUCCUGCUCCUGCUUCGGUUCCGACUCCUAUCCCUGCUAUGGUGUCAUCUCAGGCGAGCACGCCCACGCCUAAGCCCGAGGCUCAGCAACAGCCUCCUCCAGCCCCUUCAGCUCCGAUUCCCGUAAUAGCUCCUCAGCAGGAUGUGCUCCCGGAGGUUCAACACCAUCAUCAUAUUCUGCACCAACUACCUUCACAGGCUCAGGGCCCCCUUACUCCGGCUUCAGUUCCUGUUACAGUACCAACGCCACCACAGCAACCUCAGCCUUUGCCACAGCAUAUAUUACAGCAACACCACAUUCCAAUUCAGCAGCAGCCUAUGCCGCUGCAGGGCCCACCUAUGCACCAACACAUGCGGCCUGACGACGCUCAAUAUAUCGGAAACCUCCCCGGCCAACGUCCUACGCGUAUUCUGGUUGGGUGCUGGUCCCGAAGCAGCGCGAAGAAGGAUGCCGACAAGCAUGCAGUCUAUGGCAUCCUUGGUGCUAAUGACAUGUUCCGUGUAAAAUUGGUCCGCGAGACAAUGGAUGGCCGGUUCGUUGAUGGCAAUUUCCCCACCGGCGCUGGAGCGCUGUGGAUUGCUUACGAGGAGGUCAAUUUCCUGCCUCAUAUUCGGGAUCUCAACAGGACUGAGAUGAAAGAGUAUGUACGCGUGCGACAAUACCAAAUCGAUAGCGGCGAGGCGGAGGAAGAACGUGUUGCAAACGAGACCAAAGCCGUAUAUGAGGCUCAACGACGGGCAGCCCUGAAUCCUAAAGCUCCAACUGGACCACCUGUUCAUACUGGGCGACACAGUCUCAAUGCAUAUCCAGAGGAGAUGGCCAGUCCCUCAAUCAAACCAGACCUCAGCAUGCAGGAUAUGAGAGAUCCUCGACGAGGCGUCUUGCAGGACAUCCGAGGCAGACCUGUGCAAGAGGUUGAUUACCGCCAGACUGGUCGUGCAGCUAGUAUCGAUCCCCUUGAGCGAACAAACAGUCUCGCGCGACGUGAAGUGCACAAGAUGGAAGCUGCCCAAAUGCGACAAGAGCGUGGCCAUGGUCAACGUAGCAUGUCUAGUGCACCCAUGCCCACUCCUCCUCCUGGCAUAGUUCCUUCUGACAACCGACUUAUGUUUCAGGAUAAUAUCAAACGUCUCAACGGUGUCUGGAGUUCUCGGGAGACUCGACUUCAGGAGCAUCAGCAGCAGCAGCAGCAGCAACAACAGCAUCAGCAUCAACAUCAGCAGCAGCAAGUUCAGGCGGCACAAGCGGCACAAGCGGCUCAGAUGAUGCAGAUGCCACCUCAGCAACCACCGCCACAACCGCAGCAGCAGCAGCAGCAGCAGCAACCGCCGCCCUUACCAUCUCAGCAAAUGAUUCCAGGACCUAAUAUGGACGAGGUCAGAGUCUUGGGUAACAUUACCUACACUCGGAAACAGAAUGGUCCGUUCGCAGGCAAAUUGGUUAGCCGUGGAGAGAUACUAACCAUCGAUGGUGAGGAUUAUGUUGAGUACAGAGUACUCACAAAGCCGACUUUCUUCUAA